AUGGCUCCGUUAACAGCCCCUCAGGGUGCAUCUCUGAAGAAGCGAGAGGCCGAGUCUCCAGCAAUUGUGUCUCUGAAGAAAAGGGAAGCCGAGUCUCCAGCAAUUGUAUCUUUGAGGAAGAGGGAAGCCGAGUCUCCAGCAAUUGUAUCUCUGAAGAAGAGGGAAGCGGAGUCUCCGGCAAUUGUGUCUUUGAGGAAGAGGGAAGCCGACUCUCCGGCAAUUGUAUCUCUGAAGAAAAGGGAAGCCGAGUCUCCAGCAAUUGUGUCUCUGAAGAAGAGGGAAGCGGAGUCUCCGGCAAUUGUAUCUCUGAAGAAGAGGGAAGCCGACUCUCCGGCAAUUGUGUCUCUGAAGAAAAGGGAAGCGGAGUCUCCGGCAAUUGUGUCUUUGAGGAAGAGGGAAGCCGACUCUCCAGCAAUUGUGUCUCUGAAGAAGAGGGAAGCGGAGUCUCCGGCAAUUGUGUCUUUGAGGAAGAGGGAAGCCGACUCUCCAGCAAUUGUGUCUCUGAAGAAGAGGGAAGCGGAGUCUCCGGCAAUUGUGUCUCUGAAGAAGAGGGAAGCCGACUCUCCAGCAAUUGUGUCUCUGAAGAAGAGGGAAGCGGAGUCUCCGGCAAUUGUAUCUCUAAGGAAGAGGGAAGCCGACUCUCCGGCAAUUGUAUCUUUGAGGAAGAGGGAAGCAGACUCUCCAGCAAUUGUGUCUCUGAAGAAGAGGGAAGCGGAGUCUCCGGCAAUUGUGUCUCUGAAGAAGAGGGAAGCGGAGUCUCCGGCAAUUGUGUCUUUGAGGAAGAGGGAAGCCGACUCUCCGGCAAUUGUGUCUCUGAAGAAAAGGGAAGCCGAGUCUCCAGCAAUUGUGUCUCUGAAGAAGAGGGAAGCGGAGUCUCCGGCAAUUGUGUCUCUGAAGAAGAGGGAAGCCGACUCUCCAGCAAUUGUGUCUCUGAAGAAGAGGGAAGCGGAGUCUCCGGCAAUUGUAUCGGUGAGGAAGAGGGAAGCGGAGUCUCCGGCAAUUGUAUCGGUGAGGAAGAGGGAAGCCGACUCUCCAGCAAUUGUAUCUCUGAAGAAGAGGGAAGCCGACUCUCCAGCAAUUGUAUCUGUGAGGAAGAGGGAAGCCGACUCUCCAGCAAUUGUAUCUGUGAAGAAGAGGGAAGCCGACUCUCCAGCAAUUGUAUCUCUGAAGAAGAGGGAAGCCGAGUCUCCAGCAAUUGUGUCUCUGAAGAAAAGGGAAGCCGAGUCUCCAGCAAUUGUGUCUCUGAAGAAGAGGGAAGCCGGGUCUCCAGCAAUUGUAUCGGUGAAGAAGAGGGAAGCCGACUCUCCAGCAAUUGUAUCUCUGAAGAAGAGGGAAGCCGAGUCUCCAGCAAUUGUGUCUCUGAAGAAAAGAGAAGCAAUUGUAUCUCUGAAGAAGAGGGAAGCCGAGUCUCCAGCAAUUGUGUCUCUGAAGAAGAGGGAAGCCGAGUCUCCAGCAAUUGUGUCUCUGAAGAAGAGGGAAGCGGAGUCUCCAGCAAUUGUAUCGGUGAAGAAGAGGGAAGCCGACUCUCCAGCAAUUGUAUCUGUGAAGAAGAGGGAAGCCGACUCUCCAGCAAUUGUAUCUGUGAGGAAGAGGGAAGCCGACUCUCCAGCAAUUGUAUCUGUGAAGAAGAGGGAAGCCGACUCUCCAGCAAUUGUAUCUGUGAGAAAGAGGGAAGCCGACUCUCCAGCAAUUGUAUCUCUAAGGAAGAGGGAAGCCGACUCUCCGGCAAUUGUAUCUGUAAGGAAGAGGGAAGCCGACUCUCCGGCAAUUGUAUCUGUGAGGAAGAGGGAAGCCGACUCUCCAGCAAUUGUGUCUCUGAAGAAGAGGGAAGCGGAGUCUCCGGCAAUUGUGUCUCUGAAGAAGAGGGAAGCCGAGUCUCCAGCAAUUGUAUCUGUGAGGAAGAGGGAAGCCGAGUCUCCAGCAAUUGUAUCUCUAAGGAAGAGGGAAGCCGACUCUCCAGCAAUUGUAUCUCUGAAAAAGAGGGAAGCCGAGUCUCCAGCAAUUGUGUCUCUGAAGAAGAGGGAAGCGGAGUCUCCGGCAAUUGUAUCUCUUAGGAAGAGGGAAGUCGACUCUCCAGCAAUUGUAUCUGUGAGGAAGAGGGAAGCCGAGUCUCCAGCAAUUGUAUCUGUGAGGAAAAGGGAAGCCGAGUCUCCAGCAAUUGUAUCUGUGAGGAAGAGGGAAGCCGAGUCUCCAGCAAUUGUAUCUCUGAAAAAGAGGGAAGCCGAGUCUCCAGCAAUUGUAUCUGUGAGGAAGAGAGAAGCUGAGUCUCCAGCAAUUGUAUCUCUAAGGAAGAGGGAAGCCGACUCUCCAGCAAUUGUAUCUCUGUAA